UAUUCAGUAUUGUGGCAGGUAUUCGAUUUCUCAUUUUGGCAUCAUGUCGUGACUGUUCCACAUUUUCCAAUAGAGGGCAGGCGAGGCAACAAAAAUGAAACCUGAAAUAAAGAGCACGUUACAAUGACGUCAAUUCUAUGAUGUAAAAUAACAAACAAAAGCAACCAUAUCCCUUGAAGUGAUGACGCGGGCUAAACAUUACUCAAAUAAAUUCUCAUUCACUCAGUAAGGACGUAGUUUGGCCUACUUAUGUUGUCCUCAUGCUUUUCCUUUUUAAUUUGAAAGGAGGCAGCAACUCGGACAUGGAUGACAAGUCAGCCAACAAAGAGUUGGAUUUAUGGAUUGAACAGCUCAUUGAGUGCAGGCAGCUAAGGGAAAAUCAAGUCCAAGAACUUUGUGAAAGGGCCAAAGAGAUCCUGCAAAAGGAGUCCAACGUUCAGGAGGUGAGAUGUCCAGUGACGGUUUGUGGAGAUGUUCACGGUCAGUUUUAUGACCUCAUGGAGCUUUUUAAGAUAGGCGGGAAGCCCCCUGACACCAACUAUCUCUUCAUGGGAGACUAUGUGGAUAGAGGCUAUUAUUCCGUGGAGACAGUAACGCUCCUUGUUUGUCUGAAGGUCAGGUUUCGUGAAAGAAUCACCAUUCUGAGAGGAAACCAUGAGACAAGACAGCUCACACAGGUGUAUGGCUUCUACGAUGAAUGCCAGAUGAAAUACGGAAAUGUUACUGUUUGGAAGUACUUUACUGAUCUUUUUGAUUAUUUGCCCCUGACUGCUCUGGUAGAUAACCAGAUUUUGUGUUUACAUGGAGGAUUGUCUCCUUCAAUAGUCACACUGGAAAACAUCCGAGCAUUGGAUCGCUUGCAAGAGGUUCCUCACGAGGGUCCAAUGUGUGACUUGUUGUGGUCUGACCCAGACGAGCACUAUGGAUGGGACAUUUCUCUUCGUGGUGCCGGUUACACCUUUGGGCAGGACAUCUCAGAGACUUUUAACCAUGCAAACGGACUCAUUUUGGUUUCGCGAGCACACCAGCUGGAGAUGGAGGGCUUUAACUGGUGCCAUGACAAAAAUGUCGUGACGAUCUUCAGUGCGCCAAACUAUUGUUACCGUUGUGGAAACAAGGCAGCGAUCAUGGAACUUGAAGACACACUGAAAUGCUCCUUCCAACAGUUCGACGCAGCCCCCCGCAAGGAAGAGCCCCAAUCAUCGUGGCGAUUUCCAGAUUAUUUCCUCUAAAGAUCUCCCAAAUGGUGACCACUGGUCAACACAUUUGUGCUAAUGGUAUUUAUGAAGAAAUGGAAGUAGGAGCUCUACCAUCACCCUCUGCACAUCAAAGAGUUGCUACGCAUAACAAUUCUCAAAUAGGACAUUUACAUGACAGCAUUUCGGGCAGUGAUGUGUGAUUAUCAGAGAACUGAAAUUAUUCUGUUCAUUGCACUGUGUUAUAACACAGCAAUGGCCGCAGACUUUGCACACUC